AUGGCGUGCGAGGCGGGCUGGUGCGCGCUAGUCAGCACCGCCCACCCGCUCCGCUGCGGCCGCCGCGCCACCAGCCCUUUGCACCGCAGGGAGAACCUCUGCCUGGACAACAUCGACGGCGAGUGGUGGGGCGUGGCAGUCGAGCUUAUUGCUUUCGUGUAUUCCUUUGUCGCCGUCGCCAUUGUGGCCGACCGCCACCUCGUCGUGAGCCUGGAGACGCUGUGCGUGCGCUGGAACGUGCGCGAGGACGUCGCGGGAGCCUCCUUCAUGGCGCUCGGUAGUGCGGCGCCAGAGGUGAUCAUCAACGCAAUCUCGACGCUCAAGACGGUGCUGUCGACAGAGAAGCACGACGGGUACGUGGACGAGGGUGACGACGGCGACGACGCGGUCCUCGGCGUCGGCGCCAUCCUCGGCUCCGGCAUGAUCGCCUUCACCGCCAUCCCGGGCAUCUGCGGCGUCGCCGCCGGAGGGGCGGAGCCGCUGCUGCUGAAGCGGCGGCCGCUCGCGCGCGACUUGGUGACGUACCUGCUCUCGAUCUCGUGGCUGUGCUACAUCUUCAGCGACGGCCGCAUCGAGGCGGUCGAGGCUGCCGCCAUGCUCGCAGGCUACGUCUGCUACAUGCUGGUGGUGGUCUACGCGGCAGACGUGCGGCGGCUGUACCGCGUGCACUGGCUGGGCAAGGAGGACCGCCUCUCCGAGUCAUUCGUCAAGUCCUCCCGCGAGUCUUCCCGAGCUCCGUCCGCCCACGCGGACUCGUGCGGAGAGCGCACGCCGCUGCCUUCCCGUACCGACUCGGCGGUAGGCAGCCCCUACCACCUCCACCUCCACGUCGCGGAGUCGCCCUUCGCGCCCACCGCCGGCUCGUGCUACUCGGGGUCGUACUCGGGGUCGUACUCCCCGCCCGCCCACGCGCCCGCGCCGUCGCCGCCCGCCUCCUCCUUCCUGCCGGUCGCGGGCGGCGGGGCGGCGGGCAGCCCUGCGCCGGAGGGAGGGAGGUGGACUCCUCCGCGCGGCGAGGAGGAGAGCCCGCCAGCAGAGGGACCAGCAGAGGGACCAGCAGAGGGACCAGCAGAUGAGGGCCCAAGGGAGGGCUGGCACGCGCCGCCGCGGCAGCGCUCGCCGCCGCGAGCAAGGCCGUGAGCAAGGCUGCAGCUCUCUGCAUCCUGCCUGUCGAGUGGCUGGUGAGCGCCACUUGCCCGCCGUGCGAGCAUGACGGCCCGACACCGCUCUGGCGCGAUGCUCGACGUGCCCGCCGCCUUCCUCGGCAUGUACCGGCGGCCGCUCGCGCGCGACUUGGUGACGUACCUGCUCUCGAUCUCGUGGCUGUGCUACAUCUUCAGCGACGGCCGCAUCGAGGCGGUCGAGGCUGCCGCCAUGCUCGCAGGCUACGUCUGCUACAUGCUGGUGGUGGUCUACGCGGCAGACGUGCGGCGGCUGUACCGCGUGCACUGGCUGGGCAAGGCGGCCAACCUCGCCGUCUUCGCCUCGCUCCUCAUCCUCUCCACUGCGCACACCUGGCGGCGCGGCGACCACAGGAAGUCGCAGCUCACAAAGGCGAAGGGCAAGGUCCUGAUCUGCACGUACGUAGUCUGCAUCUCCUCCUACCCCAUCGUACAGCGGUGGUGGAGCCCGCACGAUCCGCCCAACCUGCUCGGCUUCCUCUCCUGA